AAUGAGUAGUCGCGACUCUCGAUUUAAACAUCAACUUUCGAGUUAUGUAUGGACAGCCUGCGAUCAAAUUGAUUAUUUUGGUUCCUUAAUUUUUUUUCUUUCGUUUUCCUAUUUUGGAAAUAGAUGUAAUUUUUUGUAGGAACAUUUUUCUCGUAUAUUGUAGUUAAAUUGACUUCGUUUCAUAUGUUCAAGGGCAGUUUUUAAAAAUCGCUUUGACAAACGGAAACAGUUUGCUAGUCUGCUAACUUAGCUUCAAAGCAGCUAGCAGCACGUAAACUACGAACUGGAGCUUUUUUUUUGUUUUUAGUAUUUUAAAUAUGCUUUAAUGGUUUGCAUGUAUUAAAACACGAACUGCAUUUUUGGUAAGAAAAGAAAGCCUUUAGAUAUGGCGAAAGAACGGCCCCAAAAGAAAUCCUUUGAAAGGAGUUUGGAGGAUAUUAAGGAGAGAAUGAAGGAAAAAAGGAAUAAACGGCUGGCGAGUGUGUCUUCCAAUAUGGGACGCUCCAGAAACAAAAACAGCGGGCCCAUCUCCACUCAUCGCACCGCCAUCCUGAAAGGCGUUCAGCUGAACAACAAGGCGCUGGCGGUGGCUCUGGAAGCGGAGAAGGAGAAGGUACGACAGGCCAGUGCCGUCAUCCUGCAGCUGAAGCGGGAGCAGCAAGCCUUGUUCCUGCACCUGAUUCUGCUCAAGAGGAAGCUAAAGGAACAGGAAGGGCUGGCCGCUUCAGAGUUUGAAGCUGCAGAUGUUCCUGCUGAGCCACACCCACAUCUGGUUUCACCCAGAAACAAGCGGACCGUCCACAAAUCCUAUGAGCACACUUUGGGUGAAUCUUCACCAGAUUGUGCAGGUUCCACGCCAGGGAAAAAGACCAGACAAUUGAAUGUGGAGAAAGAGGUAGUGUUGCCUUCCACGGUGGGCGUGCGGCGUCAACGUGCAGACAGGAGAAGCAGGCGGAGGUCCGGGUGUGUGCACAAAGCCGUUCUAACGGAGAUGGACUUAGAAGUUGGCUUUGAGGCGGCGCCGAGUCCCAUCCACAGCGACAUGAGAAGCCCAGAUCAAAAGCAACAGCAAGCACUAAAAGGGGUUGGUGAUCUGUGCCGCUCCGAGGUGUUGCAGCACUCCACCCCAGAACCUCCGCCUGCCAAGAGGAGGCAACAGCCUAACAGGAAACAGGCCCAACAGCAGCCGCCGCCUCGCUCUAAGCCAGAACCGGCUUCUCAGAAACAAGAGCGAGGCCGCAAACCGGAGCGCGCGCCGUUAAAGAAACCCUGGGAGAAUCCUAAACCCAGAGCUCGCUCCAAAAGCCGUGACCGAUCAGCAGUGAGAGCCAAAGCAGGACACCCGCCGCAGAGCGGCAAGCUCAACGCGUCUCUGGGGUUUGACGACACGUUCGACUUUGACUGCAAAGAGGAAGACCACAUGACGCCGUUUAAGGCCAAGGCGGAAGGCAGCCAGCCGGCCACACCAACCGGGGAAGCGCCUCAAGCUGAAGCUUCACCCGUCGACUCGGAGCAGAACACAACCAGCUCUUCAUCAUCGCCAUCCUCCGAGUCAGACGACAGCCUGUAUGUUCCACAGAAGACUGUGCAGACGCAAAGCACGCCCCCUGACAGGAAGAAGACCAUCACCACGCGUAGAGGCCGGCUCUCAAAGGUCUUCAGACAGAAAGAAAACAUCCCUUCAAAACAGGAAUUCUCAGUAUUUAAAGAUGAAGAGUCCACCCCCAGAGCUGCAGAAGCUAAAAGCUGCGAGGACAAUCCUCCUCCUUUACCACAGUCGGACUUCUCAAAGGGUCCUAGUGAUCUGAAGCUACAACAGGAAAGUUGUCAAAAGCCUGAAAGGGAGGCGAUGGCGGACAGUUUGCUUUCCGUCAGUCCUCUGGUUAAGGUGGAAUUGACGAGAAUAGACCACAUCCUGAACAACUAUGGAGAUGGCUCUUGUGAAGCCUCUCCAUCCUCAGCUCCCCAAAUGCUGAAAGGACUCAAACCCUGCGAGAAUCGCGGGGCUGGUGUCAGGACAGCGGGGCGGGGCUUGAGUCUGUGUGAUGUGACCAAUCUGUCCCCUGCAGCCCGCCGCAAGUUCUCCUGCAGCGGCUCACGCCCUUCGGAGGCCCGUUGCUCCACGCCGGUUCCAGGGCGCAAGCGACGCUGCACCCUGACGGUCGACUACAAGGAGCCUUCGUUAAACGCGAAACUUCGCCGUGGGGACAAACACACAGACGUGCAGUUCCUGCGCUCUCCUAUUUUCAAACAGAAGUCUGGGAGAAAAUCCGUGCGGAUGUCGAGGACGACCAGCAACAGCCAGCAAGCCUUCGAGAAAUACAACGAAUCUUUUGUUGGAUGUCGGUAAACGACAUUUAAUUUUUUAUUGAAUUGUUUUUCAGGUGUGUACUUUGUGCUUUGUAUUUUUCGAUUUUUGUUGCAAAAAUGCUCCAAAUUCUGUAGUUUUGAUGCUUAAUAUUAAAAAUGCAUCUGUGUGGCGCUAUACGUUUACUUCUGUCUGAGAUAUUAAACUCCAUCUGUAUCUACAAAAAUGA